AUGGGAAACCUGAACAAGGUUAAAACCCUUGUUCUCCUGUGUAUUUUGGAGCUCUCGUGCUCGCCGAGGUGGAAGCGUAUUGAGGGUUCGCCGAUGAAGUUCGUGUCUGUUGGGGCGAAUGGGGUGUGGGGAGUGGACCAAGACAACGGCGUCUACUACCGCUCGGGAACGUUCCACAAUGAAGGGUCUUCGGGCACCGGCUGGGAGAGCGUCGACGGCAGUUUGAAGCAGAUCGCGGCGGGACAAGAUGUCUGGGGCGUCGACAGCUCUGACCGAAUCUUCAUCCGAACUGGUAUAACAUCCAGUAACCCGACUGGAACCAGCUGGCAGCAGAUUGCCGGAGGACUGAAGCAAAUAGACGUCAGUAGUAACGCUGAGGCGUACUCAGUGUGGGGCGUCAAUUCGGGUGACUACAUCUACCGCCGGACAUGGGUCACCAAAUGCACACCAACAGGUGCAGGCUGGCAAAUGAUUUCAGGCAGGCUGAAAUUCGUGUCAGUCGGUCCCGCUGGCGUGUGGGGUGUGAACGUGCACAACAACGUGUUCUACCGCGUCGGGACGUACGGGAACGAGGGGUCUGCGGGUACCACUUGGGUCCACAUCCAGGGGAAGCAGCUGAAACAGGUGUCGUCAGGAGAAAACGUCGUCUGGGGAGUGGACAACAACAACGACGUCUUCAUCAGGGAAGAGGUCCCUCUACCGAAUCAGAAUCUCCGAGGCAAGCAGCUUGUCGCCACGGAGGAUGGGAUGAACUACACCGCCUACGAUGUCUUUCUCCAGCCGGGCGAGACGGUGUGCCUGACAUCGCCCCCCUCCCCCCUCCUGAACCAUGUGUAUUACUGCGUGUCGGGUAGUGGGACAGGCACGGCGUCUAAAGGGCGAGUGUACGAGUUCUCUCCUGACGUUGUCGUGGCGUUUUCAUCCGGUAUAACCUGUACGGUUAAAGUCACAUCUGGAGAAAAGCUUCGCCUCUUCUGCAUCUUCUGUGAUGACGUCGAGCCGUCGGUGGAUCGGGCCGUGGCUCGGUCUCUUUCGGAGAUCGUCGGCACCGAUCGGGACAUCGACUGGGGCCGAGGGCACAGCCGAAGGUUCCUGAAGAAGUCGGACGGUUUCCCGAUCAGCGUGCACAACACAUUUGGACAGGCCGGUGCAAGAAAUGCGCUGUGCUACAAACACCACGUUGAGUCUGCUUACUACGUGAAAGGUAGAGCUACCUACACGUGGGAAGAGGGGGCGAAGGAGGCGGAGACACGUAUAGAUGCUACGAACGGAACCGUCUACAGCAUGAACGCGCACGAUCCACACCACAUGAUCGUGCACGAAGACAUCGAGGCCCUGUGCGUGUUCCACCCGGUCUUGGUUGGGAACGAGAACCACGAUUUCAGCGGAGAGUACUCUGGGUUCAAGCCUUCCGAGUAAUUCUUCCGUUAGAUUAGGGCAGAUAGUACUAUUAGAUUUAUCCAUAGGAACACAUGCUUAAAUACACUAUUAGAAGUCCUCAUGAAAGUACUUGCCCAUACUUCAAUCUCA